AUGAGUCUACACCUCUACACCUCUACACCAAUCUGCCCUUCCCCCAGUCUUCACCUCUACACCUCUACACCAAUCUGCCCUUCCCCCAGUCUACACCUCUACACCAAUCUGCUCUUCCCCCAGUCUUCACCUCUACACCUCUACACCAAUCUGCCCUUCCCCCAGUCUUUACCUCUACACCUCUACACCAAUCUGCCCUUCCCCCAGUCUAUACCUCUACACCUCUACACCAAUCUGCCCUUCCCCCAGUCUUCACCUCUACACCUCUACACCAAUCUGCCCUUCCCCCAGUCUUCACCUCUACACCUCUACACCAAUCUGCCCUUCCCCCAGUCUUCACCUCUACACCUCUACACCAAUCUGCCCUUCCCCCAGUCUACACCUCUACACCAAUCUGCUCUUCCCCCAGUCUUCACCUCUACACCUCUACACCAAUCUGCCCUUCCCCCAGUCUUCACCUCUACACCUCUACACCAAUCUGCCCUUCCCCCAGUCUACACCUCUACACCAAUCUGCCCUUCCCCCAGUCUUCACCUCUACACCAAUCUGCCCUUCCCCCAGUCUACACCUCUACACCUCUACACCAAUCUGCCCUUCCCCCAGUCUUCACCUCUACAUCUCUACACCAAUCUGCCCUUCCCCCAGUCUUCACCUCUACACCUCUACACCAAUCUGCCCUUCCCCCAGUCUACACCUCUACACCUCUACACCAAUCUGCCCUUCCCCCAGUCUUCACCUCUACACCUCUACACCAAUCUGCCCUUCCCCCAGUCUUCACCUCUACACCUCUACACCAAUCUGCCCUUCCCCCAGUCUUUACCUCUACACCUCUACACCAAUCUGCCCUUCCCCCAGUCUAGACCUCUACACCUCUACACCAAUCUGCCCUUCCCCCAGUCUUCACCUCUACACCUCUACACCAAUCUGCCCUUCCCCCAGUCUUCACCUCUACACCUCUACACCAAUCUGCCCUUCCCCCAGUCUUCACCUCUACACCUCUACACCAAUCUGCCCUUCCCCCAGUCUACACCUCUACACCAAUCUGCUCUUCCCCCAGUCUUCACCUCUACACCUCUACACCAAUCUGCCCUUCCCCCAGUCUUCACCUCUACACCUCUACACCAAUCUGCCCUUCCCCCAGUCUACACCUCUACACCUCUACACCAAUCUGCCCUUCCCCCAGUCUUCACCUCUACACCAAUCUGCCCUUCCCCCAGUCUACACCUCUACACCUCUACACCAAUCUGCCCUUCCCCCAGUCUUCACCUCUACAUCUCUACACCAAUCUGCCCUUCCCCCAGUCUUCACCUCUACACCUCUACACCAAUCUGCCCUUCCCCCAAUCUUCACCUCUACACCAAUCUGCCCUUCCCCCAGUCUACACCUCUACACCUCUACACCAAUCUGCCCUUCCCCCAGUCUUCACCUCUACACCUCUACACCAAUCUGCCCUUCCCCCAGUCUUCACCUCUACACCUCUACACCAAUCUGCCCUUCCCCCAGUCUUCACCUCUACACCUCUACACCAAUCUGCCCUUCCCCCAGUCUACACCUCUACACCUCUACACCAAUCUGCCCUUCCCCCAGUCUUCACCUCUACACCUCUACACCAAUCUGCCCUUCCCCCAGUCUACACCUCUACACCAAUCUGCCCUUCCCCCAGUCUUCACCUCUACACCUCUAUACCAAUCUGCCCUUCCCCCAGUCUUCACCUCUACACCUCUACACCAAUCUGCCCUUCCCCCAGUGUACACCUCUACACCAAUCUGCCCUUCCCCCAGUCUUCACCUCUACACCUCUACACCAAUCUGCCCUUCCCCCAGUCUUCACCUCUACAGCUCUACACCAAUCUGCCCUUCCCCCAGUCUAUACCUCUACACCAAUCUGCCCUUCCCCCAGUCUUCACCUCUACACCUCUACACCAAUCUGCCCUUCCCCCAGUCUACACCUCUACACCAAUCUGCCCUUCUCCCAGUCUACACCUCUACACCAAUCUGCCCUUCCCCCAGUCCUACAGCCCAGCCAGCCAGCCAGCCAACCAACCUGCCCACCAUCCAUCCAGCCCACCAACCAUCCAGCCCACCAUCCAGCCCACCAACCAUCCAGCCCACCAUCCAUCCAGCCCACCAUCCAGCCCACAAACCAACCAGCCCACCAUCCAGCCAGCCCACCAUCCAGCCCACCAUCCAGCCCAACAUCCAGUCCACCAUCCAGCCCACCAACCAACCAGCCCACCAUCCAGCCAGCCCACCAUCCAGCCAGCCCACCAUCCAGCCCAACAUCCAGUCCACCAUCCAACCAUCCAGCCCACCAUCCAUCCAGCCCACCAUCCAUCCAGCCCACCAUCCAGCCCACCAUCCAGCCCACCAUCCAGCCAGCCCACCAUCCAGCCCACCAUCCAGCCAGCCCACCAUCCAGCCAGCCCACCAUCCAGCCAGCCCACCAUCCAGCCCACCAUCCAUCCAGCCCAUCAUCCAGCCCACCAUCCAUCCAGCCAGCCCACCAUCCAGCCCAUCAUCCAGCCCACCAUCCAGCCCAACAUCCAGCCCAACGUCCAGCCCACCAUCCAGCCUACCAUCCAGCCCCCCAACUAGCCAGCCCACCAUCCAGCCCAACAUCCAGCCCACCAUCCAGCCCAUCAUCCAGCCCCCCAACCAUCCAGCCCACCAUCCAGCCAGCCCACCAUCCAGCCAGCCCACCAUCCAGCCCACCAUCCAGCCCCCCAACUAG